AUAGAAGCUGCUAUUUCGCGUUUUUCAUCUAGCGUUUGACCCUCCACAGUUUCCGUACUCCGCGCUGACGUAGGAAUCAUGGCGGCCGUCACUCUGUUUUGCCGUCCUGCGGGUGUCCUUCCCAAGCUUUCAAGCACCUGUUCUCCUGUGGUGCUUGCGGCUGGACCCGUGGUAGUUCAGCACAGGAAGAUCCAUCAUGCCCUGGUUCCCAAGGGUAAAGGAGGCCGUUCCUCUUUUAGUGGAGUAGCAGCAACAGUGUUUGGUGCCACAGGCUUCCUUGGGAGAUAUGUUGUCAACCGACUUGGGCGUAUGGGCUCUCAGAUUGUGAUCCCCCACCGAUGUGAUCAGUAUGAUCUCAUGUACCUUAGACCUAUGGGUGAUCUUGGCCAGAUCAUCUUUAUGGAAUGGGAUGCGAGAGAUAAGGAAUCGAUCAAAAGAGCAAUCGCUCACUCCAAUGUGGUGAUCAACCUUGUGGGAAGAGAAUGGGAGACCAGCAACUACAAGUUUGAUGAUGUCUUCGUCACCAUCCCCCAGCAGAUUGCGAGGGCAGCCCGCGAAGCCGGAAUUCAAAAGUUUAUUCAUAUGUCCCACCUCAAUGCAGACAUCCGUAGCCCCUCUAAAUAUCUGAGGAAUAAGGCUGUAGGUGAGGAAGCGGUCAGAGAUGAGUUUCCUGAUGCCAUCAUUAUGAAACCCUCUGAGUGUUUCGGAAGAGAGGAUCGAUUCUUCAACCAUUUUGCAAACAUGCGUUGGUUUGGUAAAGCUGUACCUCUGAUUUCAAUGGGCAAGAAGACAGUCAAACAGCCUGUUCAUGUGGUGGAUGUGGCCAAAGCCAUUGUCAAUGCCAUCAAAGACAAUGAUGCUAAUGGGAAAACAUACGCAUUAGUUGGGCCUAACCGAUACCUGCUGCAUGACCUGGUGGAGUAUGUGUAUGCAGUGGCCCACAGGCCGUUUGUUGCUUACCCCAUACCUCGUCCUAUUUAUCACUUGGUCGCAAGAUUCUUUGAGAUGAACCCUUUCGAGCCCUGGACAACUCGCGACAAAGUCGACCGCUUCCACACAACAGAUAUGAAGUGCCACGAUCUGCCAGGUUUGGAGGAUUUGGGCAUAACACCUUCCUCCGUUGAGCAGAAGGCAAUUGAAACGUUACGUCGCCAUCGCCGUUAUCGUUUCAUGGAGGCUGAACUCGGAGAGGCCAAGCCUGCCAAAACAGUCAGCUAUUAAUCUGGUGAUUGAUCUUGUUCCUGGUCAGCUCUCUGCUGCUCCUCACACGUUGUCUAUCUUUAGUUUUUUUCUGUACAUAAAUAAAGAUAUUAAAAUUAA